AUGCCAAGCAAAAAAGUUUCAGAUAGUAAUGAAAACACAUAUCAUGUUAAUAAUUUAUAUAGUGAGCAAGAGAUUAAAAAAGUUACACAAGACUACAUAAGUGAAAAAAUUAGAGAAUUAAAUUAUAUGGAAAAUGUCCAUUAUUCUAAUAUAAGAAUACUCUUAAGUUUAAUACUAAUAUUUAUUGGAUCAUAUUGCUCUAUUUUUGUGCAGUACAAAAAAAAUCCACUUCUUAUGAUAAAAUUAUUAAUUGCUUUUUUCGUAGUUUCAGUAGUAUUGUUUAUGUUUGAAUAUUUUUAUUUUGAGAAUGCUUUUAUGAUAUUAAAAACAAAUAAUGAUGCAGAAGUAAAAUUAUCUUGUAAAUUAGACAAAGAAAAAAGCUCUCUUAGUUUGGUUUUUGCAUCAAAUAAGAAAGUUCAUUCAACUCAUUUUGAUCUAAAAAAACUUUUUAAUGAAAAUGGAUAUUUAAUUAGAAAUUACGCGGAAAAUAUAUUAAAGGAAUUUCUCUUAAUUCAAGAAAAAAACUUCAAAUUGAAAAAUGGAAAAAAAUAA